GAAUAUGAUCCUACACACACACACACAUACACACGCUGCAGCUCCUCUGCUCGAACACACACGGCUCUCAGCUGAAGAUCUGCUCUUUAUUUGACAUUAAUAACCGCGAAUAUCCACCGCAGCAGUGUGAUUUUGUGUGUGAACAAAGAUGUCUGAAGACAAGCCUCCAGCAUCCAGAGCAGAUCCUCCACAGCAGGAGCAGAUGAUGGAGUAUUUCACACAACAGAUCCUGUUCCUGAAGGAGAAAGCCAUGCUGCAGGCGUCAGUGAGGGAGGAGAAGAAACUGCUGGUAGAAAACGCUAAACUGAAGAAAGACAUCGACGACCUGAAGAACCUGCUGCAGGACACACAGAAGAGGAAAGCAGUAAAGCUGCGUCAGGAGCGGGCUCUGUCGGCCUCCAUAGCCUCCACAUCGGCUCAGCUCGGGGAAUCGGCUCCGUCCACACACACGGCACCCAGUGCCACACAAACACACACACACCACGGCAGACGCAGGAGAGACCGGAGAGGUGUGAGCUGUGAGUCUGUGUGUGUUCUCUCAAGAGAGCAGAAACUGGACGUGUCCCGUCUGGAUUUGCGCGUCGCUCGGAUUCUGGACGUGCGGAAACAUCCGGAUUCAGAGUCUCUAUAUGUGCAGGAGGUGGAGCUCGGAGAACACGCCCCCAGAACUGUGGUCAGCGGACUGACCAAUCACGUGCCUCCAGAACAACUGCUGGGCUCUCUGGUUGUGUUGUUAUGUAACGUGCGCUCAGUGAAGGUUCGAGGUGUUCAGUCUCAGGCCCGCCUCCUCUGCGCUGUCAAUCAAGAGCGGAUGGAGCCGCUGACUCCGCCCACUGGAGCUCAGCCCGGAGACAGAGUGACCUUCCAGCUUUACCCCGGUGAACCAGAGAAAGAGCUGAACCCCAAGCAGCGGCUGUGGGAGCGUUUGCUGCCUGACCUCCGCACUGAUGCAAGGGGUGUGGCCACAUAUAGGGGCGUGGCCUUUGAGGUGCGGGGGAAGGGCCUCUGCCGUGCCCCCAACAUCACCAGCGGCAACAUCAAAUAAACACAAGCUGAUCAGCUGUCAAUCAUCAUCAAACACUCAACAAUAAAUGAUCAAUACUGA